AUGACAGGUGCCCACAUCAAGCCCAGCGGAGCAGUCAGGCACAUGACCAUCUCCACAGCCAAGGUGCUGCUGUUCCUCGCGCUGUUUGCGCAGGUGAUGCAUGUGUCCGAAGGCAUGGCCGGCUGCUGUGAGCGGAGGCCUCGCGCCUGUGGCCUGUACGGGCUGCUGUGCCGCACAGGAGCCGAUAACUCCACAGAUGUCAAAUCGGUGCGCGUGAGCAGCGACGCUGCGGCGGGCAUCCUCACACUGGGGAAACGGAAAGCUGCCGAAAGCCGCUACCAAGACCGCCUACAGCACCUGCUGCACGGCACGCGCAACCAGGCGGCGGGCAUCCUCACCAUGGGCCGGAGAAACGAAGAGGGCGAAGGGCGCACUCCCUCACGCGACAGCGAGAUCAGUACCGUCCACUCACCUGUUAAACUCGACCUGGAGAGACCAUUGAAGUAUCUGAUGCAGCAGUCUGAGGUCAGGGACUCUUACAGACGAUGA